CGGUAUUUGCUGCCGCCAGUCGGCGAGAGAGGCUGCUGUUGCCUGGCGGUCCUUUCUAGCUCAUCUGGUCGCCGGGGCUCUUGUGUUUCCAGUUGCCAGGUCGCGUAUCAUGACGUCCGCCUUGGAGAACUACAUCAACCGAACUGUUGCUGUCAUUACUUCUGAUGGGAGAAUGAUUGUGGGAACACUGAAAGGUUUUGACCAGACCAUUAAUUUGAUACUGGAUGAAAGCCAUGAACGAGUGUUCAGCUCUUCACAGGGAGUAGAACAAGUGGUACUAGGGUUAUACAUCGUAAGAGGUGACAAUGUUGCAGUCAUUGGAGAAAUUGACGAAGAGACAGAUUCUGCACUUGAUUUGGGGAAUAUUCGAGCAGAACCUUUGAACUCUGUAGCACACUGAGGAAAAAUUACAUAUAUCAGACAGCUGUAAAUCUUUGUACAGAAACUGAUUAUUCUGAGACUGAUGGUCAGAAUUUUUAGGAAUGUGUAAUUGUGGAUUUUGACUCUAUGCUGAUUCAUUGUAAUAUGAUAUGUAAAUUAAAAUAUUUCUACAUUUUCUUGAAAAAAAAACUCUUUUUUGACCUAAAUAAUACACUUGGUAGCUUGGUUUUAUUUUUCUAUUAAAUAUUAAUAGUAAAGAAAUCCAAUGAUUAUUUUGAGAACUUUUAGAAAAGAUAUUAUACUAUUUUAAUAUUUAUGGAAAACUAGUUGAAAAGAGAAAUUCAUGUACUAUAUAAAUUAAACUUACAAAUCAAUAGUGCAGGAUACAUGUUUUUUUCCCUGAUUUUUUAAGUCAUGGUAAGGUAAAUCUUGUCUUGUGCAGCUGUCUGAACCAUCCCCAUUUAUCACACUGCCCUGCUGGUUGCUCUGUAGCACUUUAGAAAUGUGGGUAAAAGUGUAUUUGGUUGAGAAAAGGAAAAAUGUUAACACAGUUAUGUAUAUUACCUGACAAAAAUUUAUUCCAUAUAGUCUUAAAAAACAUCUUACCUUUUAAGAAUUGGGGAAUUUCUAGUAUUAAAGGAAUUUUUUUUGUUAUUUAUAAAUGCUAGUAAAUAUAUUUUGAGGCAGUGCUUGCUAUUACUGUCAACAGCUUUUUUCAUGACUUCCUAGUUCCAUAAACCUAUUUAAAAAAGAUGUAAACAUCUUUUCUUCGAGCUUGUCAGGCCUAUUCUUUGGUUGAUUCUUGGAGUGAGUCAGUUAAGUAGAUAAAUGUUCCUUCUUUGC